AACAAACGCGGAUAGGAAUGGACUUCAUCAAUGAGCUGUUUUUCACCGAUACCGAUAUAGAGGAUCUGGGAAUGAUUAUGGAAGUGAAAGAUAUAGAUAACUACUGUGAUCGUGGAAUCAGUCCGAAUGCAUCCAAUUAUCUCACGUACCCAUUUGACGGGCUCUGUCUACAGAAAUUUUUUUAUCAACUCCAAACUUCUUUGCGAAGGUUCACUCCUUACGAAGAAAUCAUUUACACAACAGUUUACAUCAUUAUCUCUGUAGCAGCUGUUAUUGGAAAUGGAUUGGUGAUAAUGGCUGUAGUACGGAAAAAGACAAUGAGAACAAACAGAAAUGUUUUGAUUUUAAAUCUCGCGCUUUCAAACUUGAUACUCGCCAUCACCAACAUCCCAUUUCUAUGGCUUCCGUCAAUUGAUUUCGAAUUUCCGUACUCUCGAUUUUUCUGCAAAUUUGCCAAUGUGCUUCCGGGUAGUAAUAUCUACUGCUCAACUUUAACCAUCUCGGUGAUGGCAAUUGAUAGAUAUUAUUCGGUGAAGAAAUUGAAAAUUGCAUCAAAUCGUAAACAAUGUUUCCAUGCUGUUUUGGUUUCAUUGGCUAUUUGGAUUGUGUCAUUCAUCCUCUCGUUACCUCUGCUCUUGUACUAUGAAACCUCAAUGCUCUACGUCAUGAGAGAAAUUCGAGUUGUUGAUCAAAGCGGUCAGGAAGUCAUCCGAAGCUACGGAUGGAGACAGUGCCGUCUAGUUUCUGCCGGACGAUUACCGGACAUCACCCAAAGCAUCCAGUUGCUCAUGUCUAUUCUUCAAGUCGCUUUCCUAUACAUCGUUCCACUCUUUGUUCUUUCAAUCUUCAACGUGAAACUCACCCGGUUUUUAAAAACAAAUGCCAACAAAAUGAGCAAAACUCGUGCUCCGCCAAAACGAUUUGACAGAUCCGAUAGCCACCAUAAUUCGUUGAAAAAUAACAACAACCACACGUCUUCUCUACGUUCGCCAUCAAUGCCCUCAAUCAGAAGUUCGAUAACGGAGAGAAACAAGACGAAUCAGAGAACAAACAGAACUACUUCGUUACUGAUUGCAAUGGCCGGAAGCUAUGCGGCUCUUUGGUUUCCAUUCACUCUCAUCACUUUUUUGAUAGACUUCGAGUUGAUCAUCAAUCAAGACUACGUGAACUUGGUAGAACGAAUUGACCAAACCUGCAAAAUGGUAUCCAUGCUGUCCAUUUGUGUGAACCCAUUUCUCUACGGAUUCCUAAAUACCAAUUUUCGACACGAAUUUUCCGACAUCUACUACCGAUACAUUCGCUGUGAAACAAAGAGUCAGCCAGCCGGCCGAUUCCAUCAUGAUGUAUCAUCAAUCGCUCACCAUAGACAAGACUCUGUUUACAAUGAUGAGGCAACACUUUUGACUACAGGGCGUCAGAGUAAUGGUAAAGAUGGGAGCUCGUCUCCAAUAGGAUUCCGCUCUAGCGUCCGUGUUUGCUCGGGUCAAACAAAAAUGAUUGGAGAUCGCAUUGUAUUGGACGAUGAUAUCGAGAAAGAUAGUUUUGUCUAACUUUUCAUGCAUAUUUUGAUUUCAGUUUCUUUUUUCAAUUCACUGAAACGUUGUAUGAAAUUGAAACAACAUUUCCUCACGUGUUUUGCAUAAUAGAUUUUUUAAAAAUUUUAAUAGUGAAUGCACAUCUAUCAUUUCCGCUUUCUUACCGUGAUAAAUUGUCUUGAUAUU